GCAGCACACAGCCCUGCUCAUUCCUGCAGUGUCCCGCUGCAGGACAGUCUGAGGGGAAGCGCUGUUAAAACUCCCAGGAUUUACACUCUGCCAUUUUGAGGAAAACCGGCCGACAUCAGCGUUCAGACGUGUCCAUUAAACACAAGUCAUGACCCGAGUUAGUGAACUACCUCUGUGAAUAUAGGAGAAGACCUCUGAACAAGGGGACAGUUAACCCAACAAAGCCGGAAUUCUUGUUGUGAAGCAGUCAUCAGUCCUCUUCAGCCAUGUGUUCCACAAAUCACUCCAACUGGGUCACAUUUGAAGAUGACAACACACCGCUCUCAUCACCUCAGAAGCCUGUACAGUCACCAGGGCUUAUCAAAGCAUCAGUACCGCGUCCUAAUGGUUUGAAAUUAGUGCUUCCGCCGAUCAGAGAUACUUCCUGGAGCUUCAACAGUUCUCUGGAAUCCCCUCAAAGCAACUCCAGUCUUAGUGGAAGUUCCUGUGUACCGUGUAACACGCCCUUUUGCACUCCCGUGAGUGGGGUUCCUAGCAGUGCCUCCCCAUUUCACACCAACUCUUGGGAGAAGAACGACUUCUUUCGGAGUUUCUCUAGCACAUCUACCACUUCUGUUCCUUCUCCUGCACCGGAGGCACUGAAUCAAACCUCAGAUGGACCAAGCCCUUUCCCAUCUUUCCAGGGGAACUCAGGACACUAUAACCCCUUCUGGGAUGGAUCUAGACACAGCGCACAUGUGGACAGCUCUUCCUCAGACUCAGAAUCUGACAACAGCCUACCGCGUUUCUUUAUUCGGACCAAAGACGGCAGCAAGCCUCCGCGCGACCAACUCCAGAGCUCCUUGUCUUACGUUUGCCAUAAACUGGAAGGCCUACAAGCACAGACAGAAACAGAGACAGAAAAAGAUGGGGAGAGGCGGCUAAGUUGCAAAAAUGAAGUCUUAAGCGAGGGUUCAUCUCAGUUCGUUCCUCGGGGUCUGUUUCGUAGCCAAAAAAGAGACGGCUGGUCUGUCAUGGUCAGGAUUCCUGAAAAAAAGAACCGCAUGUCCUCUCGGCAGUGGGGGCCGAUCUACCUGCGCCUGUUGCCGGGAGGCGUGCUGCAGAUGUACUAUGAGAAAGGGCUGGAGAAGCCAUACAAGGAGUUCCAGCUUCUCCCCCAGUGCAGGAUCUCAGAUCUUAAACUGGAAAGCUACGGCGAGCCCCGCAAGGUCCUCGCGCUCAAGGUGGAACAUUUCUCAUAUAUAGAAAAAAAACGCUACCACCCUAAGUUGGAGGUUAGUCAUGAGGCGGAGGUAGAGCAGCUGCUCAAAUUUGGCUCCACAGUGCAUGACGACAUGGAGGAUCUGGUAGUCUCCAUGGAAGAAGAAAUCUUCAAACUGUGUGUGCCCCACCAGCAGAGGCGGCACUAUGAGGAGCAGGAGCUGUCGUUGCAGAUCACUGAUCACAUCUGGAUUCAACUGGAUAAGUGCGGAGGAGUCAUGGAGCGGACAGCCCUCACCCAGAUUCACUGUCUGGCUUUUCUGAACGGAUUAGGGGAUUGUUUUCUUGCCCUCAACGAUCUAGGGCUGCUGCGGUUUAACUCCAGUUACGGGUCUGAGGAGGAUGGUGAACUCUGGAUGGAGAUCGCCGACUGCCAUUUCCACAAAUGUGUGAACGAGACGGAGUUUCAGAGGUCCCGGCUGAUAAAGUUCUCACCUCCUGACGCCUGCAGGGUGGAGCUGAUGCGGUACAAGACGACAAUUCUGGGUUGCACAGAAAUUCCUUUCUCAAUCAAAGCUGUGGUCACAGUUCAGGGUGCCUACGUGGAGCUCCAGGCCUUUCUUAACAUGUCAGCCACCUUCCUUUCCUCCAUGGGGGUGUCUGACACGUACCCGCUGUGUGAGAAUGUAGUGAUCCGUGUGCCGGUGCCGAGCGACUGGGUGAAAGUCACACAGACAGUGGCCUUGCUGCGACAGAGGUCACUGAAGGCCCGUAUGAACAGAAAUGCCUGCCUGGGCUACGUCAGCGCUGCAGACUCACAGCCUGUCAUGCAGGUGACAAUCGGCACAGUCAAGUAUGAGAAUGUAUAUUCAGCCAUCGUGUGGAGGAUCGACAGGCUGCCCGCCAAGAACACGGCAGUGGAUCAUCCCCAUUCAUUUUCCUGCAAGCUAGAGCUGGGAUCUGAUCAGGAGAUCCCAAGUGACUGGUAUCCUUUUGUCACUAUGGAAUGUGAAAUUAUGGGCGCAGUUGUGUCACAGACCAGGGUGAAGUCACUGGGCACCACAAAUGACAUCCAACCACAGAAACAUGUGACCAGUUGGACACGCUAUCAUUGUCAGGCCAAACUCUACUUGUCCAUAAUUGAUGAUGUGAUUGAGAGUAUGAGGGAGCUCUUCUUGGAUGAAGGCCUUGAAGACCGCGUCCUGGACGAUUUGAGACAUCUUUGGGAGUCAAAGAUGAUGCAGUCAAAAGCAAUGGAAGACUUCAGGAAAAACAAUAUCAACUCAUCCAACUUUGUGCUGCAGCUCCCUACCAACUACAGUCAGACGGAUCAAGAAGUCACCGCCUCAGUGGUGAUUCCUGCAAGUCAGAAUAUCCACAGUUUCCCAAGGCUCAAGAGCAACUCAGAGACACUUGCUACUUUCUCUCUCCCUGCUGGGUUAGCUUACCCUGUGCAGAUCCCAGCCGGAGUCACUCUACAAACAGCUUCUGGUCAACUUUACAAGGUUAAUGUCCCUGUUGUGGUUACCCAGGCUGCAGCAGGUCAGCAACAUGUGUCCCAACCCACACACAAAGUCACUGAGUGGAGAGAAGCUGCUGCGCCUCAGUCAGCUGCAGCCCCGUCAAAUACCACUCAUCCUCAGGAGGUGGAGCCAUCCGCUGUCCCAGCUUCUGCUGUCGCACAACCACCACAUUCAAAGACCACUUUACCCCCCGGUCGGGAGAGCAGUCUCCCCCAGCAGCCACACGUUCCUCCUGCAGAGACCUCACAGCUCCAGGGCACUCACUCUUCAGAGCCAGAGGUCACCCUGGAAGAAAACGAGCCGAGUCCACAAGCUGAACCUGUGAACCUCAGUAUGACCGCCUCACCCCGUAGUCAGUUAUUAGACUUCCAGAUCAGCACUGAGGAGGCUUUGACACAGACAGCACAGUUAAAGACCAGAGACAUUGACGACAUCCUGAAAGAAGUGAUUGAGGAGGAGAGAGAGAAAGCAGAAAGGGCGAGGAGUCUAGCGCCUGCAAAGACUGACAACCAGUGUGAGGCUGUUGUUGGGCUGGACUUGGACUACAACUACAGUGAACUGUCAGACAUCGUUCAGCUGGACGGUCCUGCAGGCAACUCUGACAUCGAGGAGGAAGAUGGAGUUCCCCUGGAAGAGAAUGACUUUCUGGGUAUAAUCAACGCAGAGGCCAUAAAGGCCAUGCAGGAAGGAGAUGGGAGCAGCGACGGCAACAGCAUCUGAUCCUUUAAAUUCAGGUGAUGAUGUGAUUGAGCAGGACAUCCCGGAUCUCUUUGACACCGACAAUGUAAUUGUUUGCCAGUAUGACAAAAUUCACCGCAGCAAGAAUCGCUGGAAGUUUCAUUUGAAAGAUGGUGUGAUGUGUUACGGAGGCAGGGACUAUGUGUUCUCUAAAGCUGUUGGGGAGGCAGAGUGGUAAUAAGCUUAAGUUCUCUUGCACGCAUCACAUAAUUAUGUUGAAAGAGGGGUAACUGAUUUAAAAGGGGAACAACAAUCAGUGAAUUUAGACCUCUUGGUGGUGUAAUUUGGCUCACGUGGCAGACAGUUAAAAUCCCACUGUGCAAAACUGAUACUUUUGUUUUUUUUCAGUAUGUAAUUAUCAGAGCAGCACUGCAAGUCAUUUACGAUGUUACAAACAAUUACUUAGAGCAUUGCUUUUGAAUCCAAUCUACUGAGACAAACAGCAUGAAUUUAUGUUGUAUAAUAUUUUGCUGAAAUAGUUUAUUAGUGGAGCAAAACAUUAUUUGCCCUGGAAUGUGUUUUCUUCUGUCAUGAUCAUGUUGCUUUGAAGUUACCUAAUGUGCUGUUUGAUUUUCAAACAUUGUAACUGUAAUAUUUUGCCUUUAAUCAUGCUUCAAAUACACUGAACUGCACUGUUGUGCUGCAUUCAAUUAACA